ACUUGAUUUCAAGUAUUCGGUAUUCUUAUUCAGAUAUUGGUCGCAUUUCAAAGUUAUUUAUUUCAAGUUAUUUUGACAAUUUAUUUGGUUGGAGAGAUUCAUACGAAAGCAAACAAUAUCAAGCUCGAGGCUCUAGGUUAUAUAUUCGGGAAGCCAAAGAUCGUCGAACUUGUCUUUGUCUGUCGUCAUACUUUUACGAGGAACCCACCAGCCAAUUCUUAUCACGCCCAUUCAUUUCGGUUUACCUACCUUCUCUUUCCCAACCAUGUCUCUACCGUUCGAAAUCCAACGGCGACGCUUCAUGCGAGCAGCAAAUAGCAAGUACAUUUACGGCAGAGUUGUGAGUCUGGCGUGCUUUUCUUUUGAUCCCGUUUUGACUCUGGUGCUGGGCCAGGCUGCCUAGUAGUAAUCUUAGGGCAAGAACCAUUUUCCAGCUUUCAAAUGCUAAUACAUUUUCGCAAUUGCAGCCUUUGAUCCAUACAAUUAUUUUCCUCAUCGAACUCAUCAUGGUCGGGAGACUCACCGCAAAAUUCAACAGCUACUAUGCUGCCCGUCCAGUACUCACAAUGAUGGUUACGAACGCAGUGUUGGGUGGCAUAGCCGAUACCGUGGCCCAGUCCAUAACAUCCAUAAGACAAGCCGCAGUACGAAAACCAGGAGGAGUAAGGAAGGACGAUACUUUGGCGAUAGAGAUCCACGAACUCGAUACGAAAAAUCCACUUAACGAUCGGGAACUUAUCCCAGAUUCUAAGAUUCUGCCUCCGCCUUUUGAUUUCGAGCGAUUGACGAGGUUUAUGGCAUAUGGAUUUGCGAUGGCGCCCAUACAGUUCAAAUGGUUCCAAUUUCUAUCAAGGGCAUUUCCGAUCACAAAGUCGAGUGGCCUUGCACCAGCACUCAAAAUGGUUGCAAUGGAUCAACUGGUCUUUGCACCAGUCGGUAUGGAGUUUCGUGAUCUUGUUAGAAUGUAAGACGACUGACAUUUGCUAGGUAUCGCCAACUUCUUUACUGUUAUGACCAUCGCAGAGGGUGGCGGAAAGAGAGCAGUUGCUCAAAAGCUACGAGAUAUGUAUCUGCCAACUCUCAAGGCUAAUUUCAUGGUUUGGCCUUUGGUACAAAUUAUCAAUUUCCGACUCAUGCCAAUUCAAUUCCAAUUGGUAGGUUCUUCCUGAUGGACUUUCAAUACAAAGCCUUAGUUGCUAAUCAUUUCUAUAGCCAUUCGUUUCAACCGUUGGUAUUGCCUGGACUGCUUACCUCUCCUUAUCAAAUGCCGCUGAAGAUGCUUUGGAUGUUCGAUCGGCUCCGGUGUCACCAAACAUCAGAUUACUAUAACUCCAGACCCGAGUAUAUGGAUGAGUGGUGUACGAAUGAACCGGAUCAGCGGCAUAGGGAAGUGGAGUUCUAGGUCUAGGAUUUUUGAUCUGGAUGGGUUACACUGGACAAUAUAUCUAUGUAUUACGAGUUUCAUUUUUCAUAUCUGGUUGGGACAUUGGAAUGGUGUUUGGCGCCGGAUUUUGGAGGAGGAUAUCACGAUGGUUUUUUUUCUAGAUCACAGAUACACAUAUCGAAUCAAUGCAACAAAGUACACAUCUACUCGCAAUGAUGCACCGGCCUCAU